AACAACUCUCCUACCCCCGCACCCCCCAAUAAAUAAAUAAUAGGAGGAGGGCAAGGGGGGAGGAGGAGGAGUGGUGCUGUGAGGGGAAGGAAAAGGGAGGCAGCGCGAGAGAGCCGGGCAGAGUCCGAACCGACAGCCAGAAGCCCGCACGCACCUCGCACCAUGAGAUGGCGACGCGCCCCGCGCCGCUCCGGCCGUCCCGGGCCCCGGGCCCAGCUCCCCGGCCCAGCCGCCCGCUCGCCGCCGCCGCUGCCGCUGCUGCCCCUACUACUGCUGCUGCUGGGAACCGCGGCCCUGGCGCCGGGGGCGGCGGCCGGCGACGAGGCGGCUCCCGCGGGGGCCUCGGUGUGCUACUCGUCCCCGCCCAGCGUGGGAUCGGUGCAGGAGCUAGCUCAGCGCGCCGCGGUAGUGAUCGAGGGAAAGGUGCACCCGCCGCGGCGGCAGCAGGGGGCACUCGACAGGAAGGCGGCGGCGGCGGCGGGCGAGGCAGGGGCGUGGGGCGGCGGUCGCGAGCCGCCAGCCGCGGGCCCACGGGCACUGGGGCCGCCCGCCGAGGAGCCGCUGCUCGCCGCCAACGGGACCGUGCCCUUUUGGCCCACCGCCCCGGUGCCCAGCGCCGGCGAGCCCGGGGAGGAGGCGCCCUAUUUGGUGAAGGUGCACCAGGUGUGGGCGGUGAAAGCCGGGGGCUUGAAGAAGGACUCGCUGCUCACCGUUCGCCUGGGGACCUGGGGACACCCCGCCUUCCCCUCCUGCGGGAGGCUCAAGGAGGACAGCAGGUACAUCUUCUUCAUGGAGCCCGACGCCAACAGCACCAGCCGCGUGCCCGCCGCCUUCCGAGCCUCUUUCCCUCCUCUGGAGACGGGCCGGAACCUCAAGAAGGAGGUCAGCCGGGUGCUGUGCAAGCGGUGCGCCUUGCCUCCCCGAUUGAAAGAGAUGAAAAGUCAGGAGUCGGCUGCAGGUUCCAAACUAGUCCUUCGAUGUGAAACCAGUUCUGAAUACUCCUCUCUCAGAUUCAAGUGGUUCAAGAAUGGGAAUGAAUUGAAUCGAAAAAACAAACCACAAAACAUCAAGAUACAAAAAAAGCCAGGGAAGUCAGAGCUUCGCAUUAGCAAAGCAUCACUGGCUGAUUCUGGAGAGUAUAUGUGCAAAGUGAUCAGCAAAUUAGGAAAUGACAGUGCCUCUGCCAAUAUCACCAUCGUGGAUUCAAACGAGAUCAUCACUGGCAUGCCAGCCUCAACUGAAGGAGCAUAUAUGUCUUCAGAGUCUCCCAUUAGAAUAUCAGUAUCAACAGAAGGAGCAAAUACUUCUUCAUCUACAUCUACAUCCACCACUGGGACAAGCCAUCUUGUAAAAUGCGCGGAGAAGGAGAAAACUUUCUGUGUGAAUGGAGGCGAGUGCUUCAUGGUGAAAGACCUUUCAAACCCCUCGAGAUACUUGUGCAAGUGCCAACCUGGAUUCACUGGAGCAAGAUGUACUGAGAAUGUGCCCAUGAAAGUCCAAAACCAAGAAAAGGCAGAGGAGCUGUACCAGAAGAGAGUGCUGACCAUAACUGGCAUCUGCAUCGCCCUCCUUGUGGUUGGCAUCAUGUGUGUGGUGGCCUACUGCAAAACCAAGAAACAGCGGAAAAAGCUUCAUGACCGUCUUCGGCAGAGCCUUCGGUCUGAACGAAACAAUAUGAUGAACAUUGCCAAUGGGCCUCACCAUCCUAACCCACCCCCCGAGAAUGUCCAGCUGGUGAAUCAAUAUGUAUCUAAAAACGUCAUCUCCAGUGAGCAUAUUGUUGAGAGAGAAGCAGAGACAUCGUUUUCCACCAGUCACUAUACUUCCACAGCCCAUCAUUCCACUACUGUCACCCAGACUCCUAGCCACAGCUGGAGCAACGGACAUACUGAAAGCAUCCUUUCCGAAAGCCACUCUGUAAUCAUGAUGUCAUCCGUAGAAAACAGUAGGCACAGCAGCCCAACUGGGGGCCCAAGAGGACGUCUUAAUGGCACAGGAGGCCCUCGUGAAUGUAACAGCUUCCUCAGGCAUGCCAGAGAAACCCCUGAUUCCUACCGAGACUCUCCUCAUAGUGAAAGACAUAACCUUAUAGCUGAGCUAAGGAGAAACAAGGCACACAGAUCCAAAUGCAUGCAGAUCCAGCUAUCAGCAACUCAUCUUAGAUCUUCUUCCAUUCCCCAUUUGGGCUUCAUUCUCUAAGACCCCUUGGCCUUUAGGAAGGUAUGUGUCAGCCAUGACCACCCCGGCUCGUAUGUCACCUGUAGAUUUCCACACGCCAAGCUCCCCCAAAUCACCCCCUUCGGAAAUGUCUCCACCCGUGUCCAGCAUGACGGUGUCCAUGCCUUCCAUGGCGGUCAGCCCCUUCGUGGAAGAAGAAAGACCUCUACUUCUCGUGACACCACCAAGGCUGCGGGAGAAGAAGUUUGACCAUCACCCUCAGCAGUUCAGCUCCUUCCAUCACAACCCCGCGCAUGACAAUAACAGCCUCCCCCCUAGCCCCUUGAGGAUAGUGGAGGAUGAGGAGUAUGAAACGACCCAGGAGUACGAGCCAGCCCAAGAGCCUGUUAAGAAACUCGCCAAUAGCCGGCGGGCCAAAAGAACCAAGCCCAAUGGCCACAUUGCUAACAGAUUGGAAGUGGACAGCAAUACAAGCUCCCAGAGCAGUAACUCAGAGAGCGAAACAGAAGAUGAAAGAGUAGGUGAAGAUACACCUUUCCUGGGCAUACAGAACCCCCUGGCAGCCAGUCUUGAGGCAACACCUGCCUUCCGCCUGGCUGACAGCAGGACUAACCCAGCAGGCCGCUUCUCGACACAGGAAGAAAUCCAGGCCAGGCUGUCUAGUGUAAUUGCUAACCAAGACCCUAUUGCUGUAUAAAACCUAAAUAAACACAUAGAUUCACCUGUAAAACUUUAUUUUAUAUAAUAAAGUAUUCCACCUUAAAUUAAACAAUUUAUUUUAUUUUAGCAGUUCUGCAAAUAGAAAACAGGAAAAAAAACUUUUAUAAAUUAAAUAUAUGUAUGUAAAAAUGUGUUAUGUGCCAUAUGUAGCAAUUUUUUACAGUAUUUCAAAACGAGAAAGAUAUCAAUGGUGCCUUUAUGUUAUGUUAUGUCAAGAGCAAGUUUUGUACAGUUACAGUGAUUGCUUUUCCACAGUAUUUCAGCAAAACCUCUCAUAGAUUCAGUUUUUGCUGGCUUCUUGUGCAUUGCAUUAUGAUGUUGACUGGAUGUAUGAUUUGCAAGACUUGCAACUGUCCAUCUGUUUGCUUGUAGUAGCACCCAAUCAGUAUGUCUUGUAAUGGCACAUCCAUCCAGAUACGCCUCUCUUGUGUAUGAAGUUUUCUUUGCUUUCAGAAUAUGAAAUGAGUUGUGUCUACUCUGCCAGCCAAAGGUUUGCCUCAUUGGGCUCUGAGAUAAUAGUAGAUCCAACAGCAUGCUACUAUUAAAUACAGCAAGAAACCGCAUUAAGUAAUGUUAAAUAUUAGGAAGAAAGUAAUACUGUGAAAAAAAAAAAAAACUAUAUUAUUAAUCAGAAGACAGCUUGCUCUUACUAAAAGGAGCUCUCAUUUACUUUAUUUGAAUUUUUUUUUUCUCUUGAUAAAAAGCAACAGUUUUAGGGAUAGCUUAGAAAAUGGGUUCUGGCUUGCUAUCAGGGUUAAUCUAACACCUUAUGAGAGGAUUCAAUGUCACUUUCUCUCUGGGGGAAUGAUCCAGCAGCUUAUCUAGUUGACGAUCAAACCAUGGCUGAUAAAGGUGCAAUCAUUUCUGACUUGUAGUUUUCACUGAUUUUGAAGCUAGUGAUUGGUUGUGUCUUCUUGGCUCAAAAAGAGGCAUAUUAUGGCACAAAAAGCCCAGCCCAGACAGCACAUGCAGCAUUUUGUCCGAAAUACUUCCAGAGUCAAACGUGCCUGCUGUAAUAGCGGUGACUUGUCAUCAUAGGGAAGUAUUUCCAUUGUAAAGUGUUCAGAAGGAGUGACUGUAUAGGUGGAAAGAAGCUUGGUGACUCGGCUGAAAUUUUAAAAUGGGGAUGACCACUCCUUUCUCCCCCUCUUUUUCUUUUAUUCUUCCAUGUUGCCUUGAUCAGGUCAUAACUGUGCCUGAACAUUUUUAUCAGGAAUGGCCGAUGUGUAUGUGAUUUGGGAUCACAAGUAAUGAUUCAUCAGGAAAUGUCGAUCCUGUUGGAAAGAUUGCACCUUUACUUGUGGAAGUGACCCCCACCUGUGUCCUGACCUCUCCAUUUACAGGCUCUCUCACCCAUUUCCCCCACCUCCUUUCAUGUUUGCUUUACUGUCAUAAAGUAGGACUAAGACUGGCCUAAGCAUUGCAUGUUCUCUUGUGAUGGUAAAUCCAAAGGAAGGCCUAUAAAUAUUAACACUUGAAAUAACUGCUAAUAAAGGAAAAUGGAAGAAAAAAAAUUAUUUGAAACACAGAACCCAUUUCAUGGCCUGUCUGAUACCUGUUAAAUCAGGGCUGGAGCUUUACUUAGGUUUCACGUGGCCUCUUAGGAGCCAUGGGACAAAUGAGAAACAGGUUAUCAGGGGGUUCAUGGAGUCAGUGAGAGUAAUUGCUUCUUUUUUGCGGGUGAACUAAAUAUAUUUCUUCACCAAAUCUUGAUGUUAACAAUUAAAAAGAAGAAAUGACAUGGAAGUAGGUCUCAGCAGAAAAAUGCAGGCUGGGCAUGAGUCAUGUUAUGCUCCCACAUGCUCCUACAAUCCACACAGAUGCCUGUCUGCGGAUUCUUGAAGUUACUGUUACUAUUUAGUAUCUCAAAUUUUCCAUCACUGUUCACAUGCCACUUUGUCUGUGCUCAGUGGUAUCCUCAUUUGCUUUUUAACCUACACUGAGGAGCCUUUGCAAGUUGCACUGAUUUUCCAAUUUUGCAGAAAUGAGUAAGCUCACGGCAUGGAGAAGAAGACAGUCAGUCCAAUGAAGUUCUCUAAAUUAUUUUAACAUUGCCUUUGAAGGCCUUGACUCAUCCUUAGCUAUUUCAAUAAAGAAAUUCCUACCAUGAAUUUAAAACCCUAAAAAUUCUGUUUAAAAUUCUUUGGGCAUUGGGGAACUCAGAUGUCCCAUUGUGGUAGAAUUUUAAAAAUAAAUAGAAGUUUCUAUUGAGAACCAUGGGCAACAUGUUUCUUACAAUGAGAAUUGCUAUGUUUUUCAAAUUGCAAAUAUAUGUGAAAAUUGAAGACAAGAGGAAAUUGUAUUUCCAACUUGACUCUGAUCACUCACAGAGGUGGCCUAUUAUUAUAGUUGGGACGUCCUUUGCACCCUUGAUAAGAAAGACCAACUGACUGCUCAGCGCCACCUGCCAUGGCCACUUGAUUUGUGUUCAGAAGGGUAUCUCUGUGAUGCUUGUCACGUCACUCUCGACCACCUCUGUUAAUAAAUUCAGGCAGUGAAGUGGCAAUCGGAGUGUGACCCUAUGUUCCCAGCAUAUGGAAAGCUAUCUUGGGUUUUAAGGUGGUAGAGAUUGCCCAGGAGUUUGACAGCAACUUUGUUUCCUGGGUCGAAAAUCGUAUCCCACUGAGGUGUAUGCAGUGGAGCAUAAUACAUGCAAAUACUUGCAAAACUCCUUUUGUUUUACCUAAGAUUCACUUUCUGUCUUACUUUCCCUUCCUGCCUAGUAUGACUUUUGCCCCCAAGAGUGCCUGGACAGCAUUCUAGUUUCUAGACAGCAUUCUAGUUUCUACAAAACGGUCCUCUGUGUGGGUGAAUGUGUCCCAAACCUGCUAUCUCUUCCUUGUUUCAGUGUGACUGUCUUGAUAGAGGUGGAGUUUAUCCAGGGUAACUUGCUCAGUAACUAUUCCUUUUUAUGGCCUGGGGUUAAAGGGCGCAUGGCUCACAUUGGUGAAAAUAAGGAAGGCCUGGUCUUAUCUUGUAUUAAUAAUACUGGCUGCAUUCCACCAGCCAAAGAUUUCUAUCUGCAAAGACCUAUGAAACACUGAAGAGAAAUGUAGGCAGAAGGAAAUGGCCACAUAUCACAAGUUCUAUUAUAUAUUCUUUUGUAAAUACAUAUUGUAUAUUACUUGGAUGUUUUCUUAUAUCAUUUACUGUUUUUAUGAGUUAAUGUCAGUUUUUACUCUCUCAACUUACUGUGUAACAUUGUAAAUAACAUAAUGUCCUUUAUUAUUUAUAUUUAAGCAUCUAACAUAUAGAGUUGUUUCCAUAUAAGUUUAAGAUAAAUGUCAAAAAUAUAUGUUCUUUUGUUUUUCUUUGCUUUAAAAUUAUGUAUCUUUUCCUUUUCUUUUUUUUAAGAAUAAUUUAUUGUUCAGGAGAAAGAAUGUAUAUGUAACUGAAACUAUCUGAAGAAUGCACAUUGAAGGCCGUGAGGUACUGAUAAACUAAAGAAUUUAUUAUUCAAAAUACUAAGCAAUAAGUAAUUGUGAUUUAUUUAAAGUUUUGUCCAUUUUCCAUGAAAGACAUACUGCAAUAAAAAUGCUACUCUGCGGAGA